AUGCCGGGUAUUCUCUCUGAUGAUCAUCUCCGAGCAGAACUGCUAGCAGAAACUCUUCUGAACUUAGGAAAGGGAGGAAUGGAAACUUCAAGAUGGGCUCCAGCUUCGCAUAAGAAGUACGGUCUUCCAGUAGGGAGAAUUUCGUACAUGGACCCCAAAAGCUAUCAAUCUUUCCGCUCUUCCGCGUCACCUCCAUCGAAUCCCACCGCACCAAACACGCCUAUUGCGUCUAUAGAACACGCAACUACGGCCAUCAAGAUCGAAGCCCCGGGAUCUGCGUCAGAUGAUGAUGUUGAGCAUCUCAGUCUCCAUGAUAUCAAGUUGUUAAGCGGAGGGAAGGGUCUAAGCUCAUCAUCUUGGGCCACCCCUGGGUUGAAACAACCCACACUAAAUCGACCAGCUCAGACUAGAACGACGUCUAGUUGGAUGAACCCGCUGUCCCAAAACUUUGUCCCUGCAUCUUCUUCACGACAUGAUUCGGUGGCAGAAGAUGAUAGAUCGUCAUCCGAGUCCAGCAAUAUGAAGACUUCGUCACCACAUGCUGGGUAUGUCACCAAAGGUGAUGCCCUAACAGCUAAGGCAGCUUCUCACAAGGAACCCUCGUGUGUCGAUAGAUCUAAUCAUUCUCGGCCGCACAACAAGUCCACACAAAUGAGCAGUGAUAGCAAAUCAUCUCAGCUUGCGAUCGAGAGCGUUAUGGACGCAAGCUAUACUCCGACUUAUGAAGAGAUAUGCAACCGGGAAUCGCCGUGGUACAAGCCCCCGCACAUGCGCAGUAUAACUGACUGUCCUAAGCCUGCAACCAAGAGCUCGAUGGACCCAAAUCAUACACCAACUUAUGAGGAAAUGUGCGAUCGGGCAUCGCCAUGGUACAAGCCACCUCACAUGCGGCCAAAAGCCCCAGUCAAAGCUAUGGACAAGGUUGACCGAGAAGCACAUGCGAAUUCUUCUUCAAGUUCUUCGUCCUCGGACUUCUCUUCUGACUCUGGAAUCAUCGUUACUACACUUCCAAGUUGCAUAAGAGAAGUCCAACAGUCAGAUCGCUUAGAAGAAUCUCUUGCUGUAGAACGGGCAUCUCCAAAGCACCAUGCAACAGUUACUGAACAUGCUAGGUCGAAGAACGCAGGAGAACCUGGUGUCCCUUCAGGUCCCGAAGUUCCUUAUGUACUUCCCCACCUACGAACGACCGAAAGUCACGUAAAAACCAAAAAGCCAGACUCGCCCGCCGUGGCCCAGUACACUCCGUCUCUAAGUUCUGUGAACGCUUCAAGCGGCGGAGCCCCCGUUCAAAGUGGCACGAAAGCCGAGCAAUUGCCUGUGAAAAAGUUUGACAUCAACCAUUGUCCUGUUGUUGAGCACACCACCCGGCAGGAAAGUAUUGACUCUGGACGUCUGACAAAAUCAGACAAAAGUUCUACUACUCCUGCAGCUUCAAAACUAGCAUCACAAAACGACUUCAUGAGAGCGUCUGCUGCCCGUCCCAAACAAGCAGCGUACAGGAGUAGCUCACCGAAGGCAGCAGGGAAUUCUGGGUUUUCACCUAGAUUUACAAAUGCGUCCAUCAACCCACUUUGGACGACUACCACUGAUGCUAAAUCAUUCAUAGCAGCUGUCAAAGCGAAGGAAGUUCUGCAACCUAAAUCGGCACAGCGCUACUACCGCAAGCAAGAUGAAGGGAAUGGGAAUAGUCCUGUUAAGUCUUCCUGUGAUGAAGCAAGUACGGGUCGCGCUCCAUCUAAGGAGAGAAACAUCAGAGCUUCUAGUCCGAAAGCUGCUGAAUCCUCACAUCUUGGAACGGCUAUUACUGAAGAUAAUACCUCCCGUCGAGCAAACGCCCAAGCAGAUCUGAGUUACGAGCAACGCAUUCUUCUUGAAAUGACUGAGAUUGAAAAUCUGAAACCGAGUACAAAUGGCAAGUUAUUGACCAAAGACACAUUGCAGGCGAUCGACGAUGUUGCUCCUCGCUCAUCAGCAUCCAGUGUUGCUGCCUUCCCGAGCAACUUCGGCGACCGUGGUUCUGAUAACGACAGAGCAAAAGAAGGUGUGAGAGCCCGACAAGGUCGGGAUGGUGAGCUCCUGGACUGGGAUGAUAAAAUGAUGCCACCCCCAUGUGACUGGGAAAGGGACAGACCAAAGUUUGACUCCAGUAGUUACCUGAGCGAGUAUAUUCUGGAAUGGUGUCCAAAACUCGUUGACGAUCGUAUUGACACAACUGCCAAGGUAUUUGCGUCUGAAAUCAUCCUAAAUAACAUCGAGGUCUACGUGGCCUAUCCAAUUGAAAACCUUCAUUUCGUUUGCCCACCGAAGGAUACUGGCGGCACAAUACCAGAUCUGGAGGCGUCUGAAGACAAGACUAAACAAAUGAUACAUACCGCUCAGAUGGCCAUAGAUCGGCGAAUGACACAGCUUGCAUCGAAGCUCAAGCACGAACGGAAAGCGCGAAAACAUGCUGAGAUGGUGGAACGGGAAAUGCAAAAUCAAAUCGAUUUGCCGAAUCCUUUUGCCCCAAAAAUUGAUGUGUACCUCCGCCCAGCGACGGUGGGAGAUGCCCAACAGGUGGCUCACAUAUACAACCAUUACGUGAUGAACAGUCACAUAACUGAAGAUCAAGAGCCAGUUAGCACUGACGAAGUCGCCAAUGUGAUUCAAGCUUCACAACGAGAACGACUUCCAUUUAUUGUAGCCAUCUUAGGAAACGUUCCUGAGUCUUACACUAGACAGCAUAAGACGAAGAGAUCUCAAAGGGCAACGCUAUCAGAAUAUGAAGAGGUGGUUGGUUUUGCGUCAGCCGAGAUAUUUAAUUUCGGUUGGGGUGGUUCGCGAAAAGGCCGAUCGCGUGCUACCGCAAAUCUUCAGCUCUACGUUUCUCCAGAACAUCUUCGUCACGGUAUAGGUCGUAAUUUACUCGACAGAUUGAUGUUCACCCUCAAAUCGACGUACCCAUUCAUGGACGCCUGCGCUUGGUUGAACCCAGAUGGCGAAAAGACUUAUGACGUUGGAGGAGCUGGAAAGUGGCACCAGUUGAUGUUUCAACUUCCAAUACUGAAGAAGGACGAUCCAAAUCUGGGCUGGGUAACCACAUUCUUGAAGAACCAUUUUUUCUUCAACCUCGAGGGUAUUCAGAGAUCAUUGGGGAGAACAGCGGCUGAUAGAGGGAUCCCUGUCUUUACCGAUACGGCCAUCUUUCAAGCGGAAGCUCUUCAAGAGGAAGAGUACUUCGAUAUAACAUCGUGA